GUCCUAUUGGUUACCUCCACAACACUAAAUUUACUCAGAUCCUGUUCCCAAACCUUGCUUGAUGGCUUUGCCGCCGCCAUCUGGGAUCUUCCUCGUUAUGCUCUUACCCGACCUUCUGGUUAUUUUUGGGGUGGAACCUCGCCGACUUCAUUCAGCACCAUGCAUUCGGACGCUGUAGUUGCGGGAGUCAUUUGAUGAUCACCGAUGGACACCGUCAAGUUCAAUCUUCAAUUGUCAGGGCGGUGUCAGGUGUGCCUUGAUACAGUUCUCUAUUACUUACUUUACAUUUUUCUCAUCAACGGGUUUAGGACGUGUCAGUGCAAUUUCAGAUAUAAGAACGUUAUCGUUAUCAGACGGUGCACCCAUGCCAUGUCCAAAGCCUCGUUGAAGGGAUUCCCCCAGUACGAGCAUAUGAAUCACUCGUGCAUGGAUUCCUCAAGCAUUUCAAGAUCAUGGACUUGGUCAAAGUCCCCUCACAAACCCUCCCGCAUCAACCAUGAACUGAUUCCAUCACCUCCUACUUCCAUGUCAUUCUUUUCUCGAAAUUGGUCCAUCAUCAGUCUUUCGUUGCUGACAACGGGUACCUUUGUCUGGACCGUAUUCUUUGCCCAUGCAUCCACCGAUCCGUCACAGUCGGUAACCCACUUUCACGGAGGGAGAGAAAUCCCAGGAGAGCCUGACCCUCCUCUCAUCCGGUUAAAGUCCCCUUCAAUGAUGACAUUGCUAUUGCAAAUCAGCACUUCUGCGACGACGCUUCUGUUGGGAGAGCUGGCGGUCGCAUGCUAUGAAAGGGUAAGGUGGCAAAAGGCAUCGUCCCCUAUUUGGUGUGUCGGGCGGUACGUUGCUAGGACUAUCGAGAGCGACGAGCAUCUCUCUUGUCCACGAAAACAAAGGUCUCUUGGUCUACGCGAUCGUGGUGCCUAAAACGAAUGUUCACGUAUAUUGUCGUGUCAUUCGUCGAGGUUGUCUUUCUCUUCGACAUUAAUUUCAUCACCAUCGACAUGGCUACCACCACAACCACCGGUUGGGGAGAAUUUAACAGCAGCCUCUUACAGUAUAAUCAUCUUGGCUUCCAA